AUGCACGUGUGGGCGGCUAUGGUGUACUGGACGGGCAAGGUGGCCGGCGUGUUGGUGGCCGACACGGUGAAAGACAGAGCGGGUCGUCUCGAGUACACGACAGCGGGUGAGGGCGACGGCGGCCGUUGGCGAUGGUUCGGAGCCCGCGCUUGGAACGCGGCCUGUCUGUCGGCCGUGGCCUACCGAAUAGUCGAGGAGACGUGGCCCGUGACACUGCUCGCCGUCCGCCGGCCGCGGGCGUCGUGUUACGACACCGUGUGCGGGGGCGUGUGGUGCGUAUACGCGUGCGUAUACUACUCGGUCGCGUGGCUCGACCGGGUGUCCGAGACGGUCGCGCUAGCGGCAGCGGUCACCUGGCGACUGCGGUCCACGGUGGACUGUCUGAACUCAGCGGUCACCGGGUCGGGUUAUCUGUGGGUCGGCGAUACAGAAGAGUUCAGCCACCGCGACUUGCCGUGGCACGUGUACCUAACAGUCGUUUUCCCGGUUGUCAGGUUCGCGACGGCCGCGGUCAACGAAAUACCUGCACCCCGGGACUACGGCGUGUGGCGAACAGCGACCGCCGCCUUGGCUGCCGUGGCUAGCUGUUCGCCCGUCGUGGCACAUGGUACCGCGGCCGCUCUUCUCGCGGUAGCCAACAAUAGCAUGCGGUCCAUCAACCGCCGGAUAGCGGCGCUUCACGUGACCGCGACCGUUGGUCGGCCGCUGCAGGGCGAGGGCCGGCUAUCCGAAAUCGCACGGCUCGCCCGUAAACACUGGUGGACUACCGAACUGGUGACGGGCCGCGUGUGCGCCGCAUACGGCGUGGACCUGAUGGCGGCUGUCUUGCUGGCUGUGUUACACGUCACGUACGUGGCCGUGUCGGUGUUCCACUGUUUGACGGACGACGCGGACGACCGGACCAACAUCGUGUCAGUGCCCGUCGCUAUGCAGCUGGUCGGCUGGUUCGGCCAGUUUGCCUAUUUGGCGUACACGUGUGACGACUUGGCCAAUCAGGUAGAUCACACGAUUUUCACAAAUACUUAUAGUGUUGAAAGGAAAAACAAAUCACAGUUCCCCAAAUGUGAUGAUAUUUAUGGGACAUCAAAUAAAACUAAUUGUAUGCAUGUGUGUGUGUGUGUGUGUAUUUUUAAAACAGUCUAGUGAAAUGUUUGACAAUUUGAAUUCACUGUUGUUGGAUAUCUUUAAAGAAUGUCGUCUUUCCGGCGAAACAUAUUCGAGUAGAACACAAGAGAUCGAGGCGGUAAGUUUCAUAACACAUAACACACGUAACUAAGGCUCGCGACUUGUUGCGCUUAAAAUCCACAAAAAAAAACCAACACACAAAUACAAUUUUCUAACGCUAAAAAAAUUAUCAAUUCAAAAUUAUUUGUUUUGUAAUACGUACAACUUUAUUUAACAAAAUCGCUAUUUGUUAAUUAUUUGUGUCGUAUUAUAAAAUAAUGUUUAAUUAGUUAGACGAUGGACCUUUAAAUCCUUUUACCGACUAUUCUUAUUAUAUUUUUGUUAAAAUGUUUUUUUUCAGUGCUUUUUUGGCGGUUUUAAGCGCUUUUUGCAAAUUUUAAGUACAAUAAGUCCCGAGCCCUAUACAUAACUAUUGAUAAUAAUAAUAGAUAACAAUUUAUUAUUACAUUUAAUCUUAUAGGGCAUCCGCAAUCUGCGGAGCAUCAAUACCUGUUUGUUCAGCCAUUUUAAAACCGUUUAAUCAUAUUUUUUACAAUGUUCUCAAAUUAUUACCCUUUGGUAAAUUAUACAAAACAAUUACCAUAAAUGAUAAUAGAGGGGACAAAAUUAUCAAAAAGCGCUACGUAUGUAUACCCUCUGAUGAUUUCUUGUGAUAUUUUGACUGGAGAGCUUGCUCCAGUCAUCAACUUCAAUGGUUGUUUCGGAUAAUAAAUUGUGUUGAGUUGGUGCUUUGUGAAAGCUUUUUUUUCCUUGUACAUACUUUUCUUAAUGAUGUUGGAAAACAAGAAAAUAACAACAGAUAAAUGUGAAUAUUACGAUUUGUACUAUUGGUUUUGUAUUUUUUUUUUUUUGAAAUUUGAUGCAAAAUAAUCAUAGAGAUUUGACAUUUUUACUAAAUAUCUACUUAUAUUAGCAUUUUCUAGACGUUACAAAUUUUUUAAAUAAUUCGGGACUUUUUGAGGCUUUUUAAAUUUUUGAAAACUUUUUCGGUUUUAUGUGGAUAUGAUUUUGUUGGUUCAUAAAAUGCUAAACAAUUUUAAGCGAUUUUCAUCAUAAAUUGUACUUAGUGGUAAUUUGUUUUUAUAUAAGUUUUAAGUUCAAAUUCAUGAUAUAAUUCGUAAAACAAGUACCAUACGAAAACCGCCAAGUUACCAAUGAUUAUAAAUAUAAUAUUAAAUUAUUAGUAUAGAUAUCUAAAUAAGUACCCAUAAGUUAUAAUUAUUGAUAAAUAAUAUAAAUAUAUUGUACUCACAACUGAAAUUUCGCCAUUUAAAUAAAACGUACCUACCCAAAUAUUAUAAAUAUUUAAUUAGUAAUUAGUUUAAAUAUUAUAAAAAUGUAAUAUCCUAUGGUCAACAGGUGCAAGAAUUCUUACGCCAAGCAGUAGCACGUAAAGCUGUCGUGCACGCGUGCGGUGGUUUAAUAAAGUUAAAUCUGUCCCUCAUAACCACGGUAAUGUAUUAG